AUGACAUGGCAGGUCGUGAUGUCAUGUACCCCAGAGGCGACUCUCCGUGAACCUCAGAACUCGACCACAGAGCGCGCUUUCUCGUCCGUCUCGAUGGGCUACAGCGCGAUACCUGCAGCUGAAGCAUCCUCGCCUACGAUAGUUCCGGACUGUUCGUGGAACUUCAGGCCACGUCCCACCUCAGGUCUAGCCGCAUCCCUGUACACAGAGCCCAGGGCCCGUGCCCGACUCCCCCAGUUCGAGGUCGACACAACUUUCAGCCGCUGCAAGGGACGUCUGCUCCGAACGCACAUCACCGAGGACGCCAUCGCUUCGCGGUACCAGUCAGACGGCGACAUGCAAGCAAUCAAGCUGAAGCCCGAGACGGACCCUGACGGAAUUAUCUCCAUCCUCAACUCCCUCCACCUGAACGAAUUAGCCCUCCUCACUGUGUUCAUAGACUUCGAAAUGAGCAAGGUCGCCGCCCUCCGAGGGUUCCUCGGCAUGGAGAGCAGAGAUAGCUGGUUGUGCUCCUGGGUGCAAGAGGGACGAAUCACGCAGCUGCAGUUCGAUAUGAUCCGCGCGGGCAUGCAAAGAGGGUCGUAUGACAGGAGCUAA